AUGACGACCCAGGCCCUUCCCGCUUCCGCCGCCACCAACUUUGACUACAUCAUCGUCGGCGGCGGCACCGCUGGCUGCGUCCUCGCCUCGCGCCUCUCCAGCUACCUCCCCGAGCGCAAGGUCCUCCUCAUCGAGGCCGGCCCCUCCGACUUCAACCUCUCCCAGGUCCUCAACCUGCGCGAGUGGCUCUCCCUCCUCGGCGGCGACCUCGACUACGACUAUCCCACCACCGAGCAGCCCAACGGCAACUCCCACAUCCGCCACUCGCGCGCCAAGGUCCUCGGCGGCUGCUCCUCCCACAACACCCUCAUCUCCUUCCGCCCCUUCCGCCACGACCUCGACCGCUGGGUCGCCCAGGGCUGCACCGGCUGGACCUUUGAAAACGUCACCCGCCACAUUGACAACCUCCGCAACACCUUCCAGCCCGUCCACGCCCGCCACCGCAACCAGCUCUGCAAGGACUGGGUCAGCGCCUGCUCCACCGCCCUCGACAUUCCCGUCCUUGACAACUUCAACUCGGAGAUUCGUGAAAAGGGCCAGCUCGUGGACGGCGCCGGCUUCUUCAACAUCUCCUACAACCCUGACGACGGCAAGCGCAGCAGCGCCUCGGUCGCCUACAUCCACCCCAUCCUCCGUGGCGAUGAGCGCCGCCCCAACCUCACCGUCCUCACCGAGACCUGGGUCUCCAAGGUCCACGUCGAGAAUGACGUUGCCACCGGCGUCGACAUUGCUCUCAAGUCUGGCCAGAAGAUGACUCUGCGUCCUCGCAAGGAGAUUAUCCUCUCCGGCGGUGCCGUCGACACCCCCAAGCUGAUGCUGCACUCUGGCCUCGGCCCCCGCGCCCAGCUCCAGUCUCUGGGCAUCCGCGUCGUCAAGGACCUCCCCGGCGUCGGCGAGAACCUCAUCGACCACCCCGAGACCAUCAUCAUGUGGGAGCUCAGCAAGCCUGUCCCUCAAAACCAGACCACCAUGGACUCGGACGCCGGCGUCUUCAUCCGCCGCGACCCCACCAACGCCGCUGGCAACGACGGCGACGCAGCCGACAUCAUGAUGCACUGCUACCAGAUCCCCUUUACCCUCAACACGGAACGUCUGGGCUACCCCCUCAUCCCUGACGGCUAUGCUUUCUGCAUGACCCCCAACAUUCCCCGCGCUCGCUCUCGUGGCCGCGUCUACCUCACCUCGGCCGACCCCAACGUCAAGCCCGCCCUCGACUUCCGCUACUUCACCGACCCCGAGGGCUACGACGCCUCCAUCCUCGUCGACGGCAUCAAGGCCGCCCGCAAGAUUGCCGAGGAGGCCCCCUUCAAGAACUGGCUCAAGAAGGAGGUCGCCCCCGGCCCCAAGGUCCAGACCGACGAGGACAUUAGCGAGUACGCCCGCCGCGCUGCCCACACCGUCUACCACCCGGCCGGCACCACCAAGAUGGGUGACAUUGCCAAGGAUGAGUUUGCCGUCGUCGACCCCGAGCUCAAGGUCCGCGGCAUCAAGAAGCUCCGCAUCGCCGAUGCUGGUGUCUUCCCCGAGAUGCCCUCCAUCAACCCCAUGCUUACUGUCCUUGCCAUUGGCGAGCGCGCUGCUGAGAUGAUUGCUAUGGAGGACGGCUGGAAGCCCGACGCCAACAAGUCUCGCCUGUAA